AUGCGGUCGCGAGCCUCAGUCAAACCGUCCGACUAUCCAACGCUGCCCUUUCACGGCAUUCGCUUCGUGAGCUUUCUCUCCUCGUUCGUCGUCACCAUUAUCCUCGCCAUAUUCAUCUACCAUCUCCACGCCGACGGGUACAAAUUGCCCUUCGCCUUCCUAGUCCUCCUAGUUACAUCCCUUCUCUCCCUCCUCACCACCCUCCUCACCAGCCUCUCAAACUGCUGCUGCGGUCUCUCCCCCAAAUUCUCCCUCGCCCUCAACAUCCCCCUCCUCUUCCUCUGGCUCCUCUCUCUCGCCCUCCUCGCCUACAGCAUGUCCGGCACAAUCCUCACCAAAUGCACAACGACGUACUGGGCCACCUCCACCGCCCUCUCCGUCUGCCGCUCGUACAAGGCUCUCUUCACAUUCACCGUCGUCGGGACUGCGGCUUAUAUCGCGGCGAUUUGGUUGGAUGUCGUGGUUAGGCGGAGACAGACUCGGCUGGGCGCUUAUGGGCCGAUGGGCAGUUCGGCGGCGGUGGGCGAGGAUCCGUGGGAUGUGAAGUUGGCGGAGCGACGUGAUUCGAGUGCAGAGGGGCUUGGGGGGAGAUAUGACUCGGUGCCGCAGCCAGCAGAGGGGAGGAAGGGGGCUGCCAGGGUGCGCUUUGGACAGGGGUAUCAGCAUCCCGCUGAGCAGACGGGGUAUGAUCCUGCGGCUUAUCGGUGA